UACACAGGAAGUGUGUGUUAAAUCACAAAAAAGUUCUUUAAGCUGCUUAUUUUCUCUACAGAAAAUUACAAAAAUGUGUUAUUUAAUUCCCUGAAUUCAUUUAUAGUGUAGUUUGUGGGAUAGGAGACUGUACUGGAAGAUCAUGAAGCUGAAGAUACCAGAAAGUUUUGAAGAUGUUGCUGUCAAGUUUUCUAGAGAGGAAUGGAAGAUGCUAAGUAACCAUCAGAAAGAGCUGCACAGAGAAGUGAUGGUGCAAAACUAUGAGAACAUGAUUUCUAUAGGGUAUAACAUCCCAGUGGAACAUCUUAGGUUACUUAUUAAUAAAACAGAAACAGUUACACAUAGUGGCACUAAAGGGGGCAUGAUGGUACCACAAAACCAACUUCCUGACAGCAGCAUCAUUAACAGGAAUGUGGAUUUUACAAAGAUCCUUAAUAUUCAGUCCUCACAUGAGAAAUGCCAUGGUUCAGAAUGUAAUAAACCUUCCCCAUCGCAAGAUACAGUGCCGACUGGAACCAUACCUCGUACAUGUUUGGAAAGUAAUGAGGCGUUUGUCAAAAACUCAAAAUUAGAAAUGCAUAAAAAGCCUAAAGAAUUUGGAGAAAAUAAGCAAAAAAGGCAAAAAACAUAUAAAUGCACUGCAUGUGGUAAAAAUUUCAGACAUAAAAUUACCCUGUCUAGGCAUCAGACUAUCCACACUGGGCAGAAACCUUAUAAAUGCAAUACGUGUGGUAAGAGUUUUAGACUUAAAAGUACUAUGUGCAGGCACCAGAGUAUCCACACUGGGCAGAAACCAUGUAAAUGCGCUGCAUGUGGUAAGACAUUUAGAGAGAAAAGUGCUCUGAUAAUUCAUCAACGCAUCCAUACGGGGCAGCGACCAUAUAAAUGUCCAAUGUGUGAUAAGAGUUUUAUACAGAAGAGUCACAUGGAAAGUCAUCAGAGUAUUCAUACCGGAGAGAAACCGUAUAAAUGCAUGAUGUGUGACAAGACUUUUAGACAGAAAAAUAAUUUGCAUUUGCAUCAGAAUACCCAUUCUGGUCGGAAACCAUAUCAGUGUAUCACAUGUGAUAAGUGGUUUAGAGAGAAAUGUGCUCUGGUAAUCCACCAGCGUAGCCACACUGCGCAGAGACCCUAUAAAUGCACAAUAUGCGAUAAGAGUUUUAGACGGAAGAGCAACAUGGUAAAUCAUCAGUAUAUCCAUACGGGGCUGAAGCCUUAUACAUGUGACACAUGUGGCAAGAACUUUACACACAAGAGUAACAUGGUAAUACAUCAGGUUAUCCAUACAGAGCAGAAACCAUAUAAAUGUACUGCAUGUGGUAAGAGUUUUAGACAUAAAAGUAACAUGUCUAGGCAUCAGACUGUUCACACGGGACAAAGACCUUAAUGCACAAUGUGUGAUAAAAGUUUUAUACAGAAGAGUCAAAUGGAAAGUCAUAAAAGUAUCCACAAUGACCAGAAACCAUAUAAAUGUACCAUGUGUGACAAGAGUUUUAGUCAGAAAAAUAGUAUGUGUUUGCACCAGAAUGUGCACACUGGCAAGAGACCAUAUAAAUGUGUCACGUGUGAUAGGUGUUUUACACAAAAAAGUGCUAUGAUAACUCAUCAAAGUAUCCACACUGGGCAGAAACCAUAUAAAUGCAAUACAUGCGGUAAGAGUUUUAGACUUAAAAGUACUAUGUCUAGGCAUCAGAGUAUCCACUCUGGGCAGAAACCCUAUAAAUGCAUCACGUGUGAUAAGAGUUUUAGAGAGAAACGUGCUCUGGUAAUCCAUCAGCGUAUUCACACUGGACAGAGACCCUAUACAUGCACAAUUUGUUUUAAGAGUUUUGUACAGAAGAGCAAUAUGGUAAGUCAUCUGCGUAGCCACAACGAACAAAGGCAGAAACCAUAUAAAUGUACUAUGUGUGACAAGAGUUUUAGAAAUAAAAAGUCAAUGGAAAUUCAUCAGCUUAUCCAUACUGGGCAGAAACCAUAUAAAUGUACAGUGUGUGAUAGGAGUUUUAGACACAAAAGUGCUGUGAUAAGACAUCAGAAGAUACACACUGGGUAGAAUCCAUUCACAUUUGUUAAAUGCUGCAAAUAAUAAUUUAAUAUCAUUAACAGAAUGCAUCUGAGCAAAGCAGUAGCUAGGUAAAGAAAUUUUAGGCUGUCUGGAAAAAUAUGCAAAUUAAGAACUACAGCAAAAAGAACCAAAAAACUGAUGCUAUUGAUAUUACUAAAAAUUAAGUAUGGGCUUGGGAAAGAAAGAUAUAGAUCUGAUGUAGUAUCAUAUUUAUGCAGAAAAGAAAACUGCAGAAACCAGUAAAACCACUGCAGCUCCAAAGAUAACUGAACAUAUAUAUAUAUA